GCUGUGGUGAACAUGGACUCCCUCGUGAAUGGAACCUGGGAGAAUACCAGUUUCAACAUAUCUCCUCCAUCUCUCUCCUCUUUCAAUGGGCUGAACCUGCUGAUGGAACUGAAGAUACUCUUUGUUCCUCUCUACUCCAUGCUAGUCCUAGUAGCCUGCUGUGGAAACCUCUUCCUCCUCUUCCUCAUUGGACUGAACAAGAAGCUUCACAGCACAACAAACUUCCUGAUUGGAAACCUGGCUCUGGCCGACUUAGUGAUGUGUCUUUUCUGUGUUCCCCUGACUGUGUUUUAUGCCUUCGAUGAGCGUGGCUGGAUUUUUGGGAAUUUCAUGUGCCGCUUCGUCUCCCUUAUGCAGACUGCAACUGUCUUCGCAGCAGUCCUGUCUCUGACAGCCAUAGCAGUGGACCGCUACAUUGUGGUUGCUUAUCCCAUUCGCCGACGUGUAGGGCGCCAUUUUUGCAUUCGCCUGGUGCUAAGCAUAUGGCUCUGUGCCCUGGUAAUGUCCAUCCCUGCUACCCUACACACUGUGUAUUUGGAUCUGAGCGCUGCCGGUCAUCACAUGGCCGUGUGUGAGGAGUUCUGGCAAGAGCAGGAGCUUGGUCGGCUCAUCUACUCGUGCUUCUUUCUGCUCCUCUCAUAUUUUGUCCCUCUUGCAGCUGUGUCUAUAUCCUACUGUGCCAUUUCGUGCCACCUCCAGCACCGGGCCACACAAGGACUUAUAGCUGCCAUUGCCUCCAAUCAGGAAAAAUGGGGCCGCAAGAGGCGCAAGACAUUCCGCCUGCUGCUCAUAUCAGUGCUGUGUUUUGCAUUCUCCUGGCUCCCCUUGCAGGUGGUCAACCUCAUCCGUGACCUGGACACUGACUUUGUUAUCUUGAGCAAGAGUCAUGUCAAUGUGAUCCAGGUCUCGUGCCAUUUGUUAGCCAUGAGCUCUGCAUGCUUUAACCCUUUCAUCUAUGCUUCUCUGCAUGACAAGUUUUUGUCCUACUUGUGCCGCCACAUGUUCCAGAGGCGCAGACAAUCUCAGGCACAAAGCAGCUGCACCACCUCCAGCCGCUUACCCCGCCAACACACUAGCUCCACAGUGGCUGGCAUUCCCAUGGCAGUGACCAAGACUCUACAAGAUAAUUAA